AUGACGACUUGGACAGCACAUCAGCAUCCUAUUAUUCAUUCGGUGCCAGUGUCUCCUCUGGUCAACCAGACGGACACAAGUUUUAAUACGGAAAAUCUGUCGUCGGUCACUAGUUUGAGCUCGCUGUUCACAAUACUUCUUUCCUUUUCUGGAUUACGGGAUUGGCUAAAGCUCUUCAUUCUGGGAGGCUCUCUCGAGGUUCUUCGUCGUAUUUCGUCAUUAUCCUGGGGGUGUUUUGUAGGAUAUUUCUUCGUCACCGUCCACCUCGACAACGACGACGUCGCUUACGAUUGGAUGAUUAUCUGGUUAUCUCUUCAACCUGCCUGGCGUAAAGCCCGCGAGGUUCAGAUAUCCAGCAAAGACUAUGGCCUUAACCGAAACGCAACGAUCGUGGUUCCAGGUGAAACUAGUACCACAGGGGACACACGCUCCGUCGCCUAUCUACCCACAUAUGGUUCAACCCACACUAUGUUUUUCCGCCGCCGUUGGAUGCGUGUGACUCGCACCAGACAAGAUUUGGGCGAGGGAUGCACGCGUGAAACUCUUGAAGUCAGCAUUUUGGCCCGUGACCGAGAGGUUAUCAAUCAACUCCUCCGCGAGGCGAAAGAGGCAUAUACAAGCGAGGAUCAGAACCGUGUAUCAAUCUACACAUGUGAUCAGUACAACUGUUGGCAUCGGUCUGCAUCUCGGGCCAAGCGUCCGAUGCAAUCGAUUGUUCUCGACCCCAGCAUAAAAAACAUGAUCAUGGAGGAUGCAAAAGACUUCAUGGCCAGCGAAAACUGGUAUAUUGAGGGCAAUUACAAAUCAGGAAUACCUUUCCGAAGAGGCUAUUUACUGCAUGGCGCCCCUGGUAGUGGAAAGACAAGUCUCAUACAUGCUCUUGCGGGGGAAUUAAAGCUCGACGUUUACGUUAUCUCACUUUCACGACGCGGUUUCGACGAUGCAAGGCUGCAUGAAAUUAUCUCCGAUCUUCCACCACGUGCCAUUGCCCUCAUUGAAGAUAUAGACGCCAGUUUCACGACAGCCGUAGGCGUCCGAGGAUCCUCGGCCGGUACGGCUACUUCCGGAAGCGAUGAGGGGGGUGGUAACUCUUGCUGGUUUGCUGGCUGCGAUCGACGGAACCCGGCUCUCACUCGUCCAGGUCGAAUGGACGUCCACGUAGAAUUCCGCCUAGCCACCAAGUGGCAGGCCAAGCAACUCUUCAAGAGCUUCUUCCCCCCUGUGGCUCUUUCAGAUUCUUCCCAUGUGGAUGAAAUCGAUUCGGAGCAAGACAAGGUCUCCCAAUCAGUAUCUGAUUCUUCCGGUUCAACCCUGGUCGAGUCUGAAGCCCCACGUUCCCGUACUGCCAGUACUGCCUCGAUCCCCUCCCGUCCUGCUUUCAAAUCGGCCGAUGGGUUCGUUCGCUCGGCACCCAAGCUUUCAGCUGCAACCGUGGAGUAUCUGGCACAGCAGUUCGCUAAUGCGAUACCGGAAGAAGAAGUAUCGAUGGCUGCACUCCAAGGGCACCUGAUGUGCCAUAAAAGGCAGCCAAAGGAGGCAGUGGAUUCAGCUCUGGAAUGGAUAUCCCGGGAGCGCCAGGCCAGAGAGGCAAAGCAGAGAGAGGCCGAAGGAGCAGCUACCCAGAUAGAGCCUACCAAUAACCCGAGUACGUGA